AAGCUCUUCGUGGGCCUUCUUCGGGCGUGCUCUGGCCUCAGACAGGCACCGUGUCACAUCAGCAGCAACAACUGAAUGGAAGAGCCUGGCAGCCAUUCAUGUCGCUAGUUGUGCAACCGCACGACACAGCAGAAAAGCAACCACCACGCCUGACUGAAACGCGCUAUACAAACGCCACCGGGGCGGCUGCCGCUCCGAGAUGCACAAGAGCCACAAUAGUCGGUUGUCCGACAAGUCCCACCUGCAACAAGCAAGACACUCAUGUACCGGCAACGCUGCCACAUGUUGCAGAAGCUUUAGCGAAAUGUGAGAUGCAUUGCACACGAAUUUCGCACAACCAAGACGAAAACAACGUGGCCUGCCGGGAAGGUCAGCCACAUCCAUUCAGUUGGAUAUUCCAUGUCUGGAAGAGUCCAAGGAAAUUUUCGCGGUCGCAUCGUAUGGUACCGGGGAAGGCUUGCGACAAGCAUUAUCCCUCCCCAGCGGCUGCGGCUCCUUUCCCGUGGGCGACUGGCAAGGCACCACACCGCACCAGCAAGGAAAUUGGUGGGGUGCUGAUCGGCCGUUGCUCCAACUUCAAUAAAGUUCUUCGAGCUUACCUAUUAAAAGCAACUCCCGAGCCUUACGGCGACCGCUAGCAAACGGUUAUAUCCGCUCAAUGUCAACAGUCCUCACAACUCUCGCUUGCUUACCUUUGACAGUACACAGCGAGCGGUCGAAUCCUUCAUCUAUACUAUUCCUCCGGG